AUGUUUUGUAUACUGUGGUUACAUUCGUUCCUAGUCAAUACAAAAAAUUCAUACAAUUUUAGAUUACUAUUGUCCAUCACUGUUGCUAUAGUUUCAUUCUUGUUUGUAUAUACCUAUAACCAUCAUUAUUCCUACUUCAAGGUAUUUAGUAGAUAUUUCAUUAAAUAAAGGUAAUAUAUUUCAUAUUAAAAUUAACUUACUUAUUACAAGGUUUUUUUUUAAACAUAAUUUAAAACUUUGUAUACUGAUUAGUACAGUGAUUGUUGUCUGCAAUUGGCAUAAACACGAAAAAUAUUAAGAGAUUAUUCACAGGACAAAAUCGCAUCAUGUGAACAUUUAUAUAGGCAUGAAAAGUUAAUAUAAAAUAAUGGAAGUACAUUUAUACUCAUAAUCUUAAUCAAAUUCAUGUAAAAGGUAUAAUGAAUCAAAGACAGUAUUCGCAAUGUAGUCUGAGUUGUGAUCAAAAGCUUACUGAUCCAUCUCAGAAUUCCAUUCAACAAUGUAAAACUAAUAUACAGCAAGAAACUUUAAAACAAUCUGUGAAUCUGUUGCCGAACAGUAUAAUUUGCUUAAAAGAUCUAGCUGAUGGCACAUGGUUAUGGAGAAAAUCUCAUAUGAAACCCCUUAAAACAUGUAAGAGUAACAGGACAAUAAAAAAACUAAAGAUGAUUAAGUCAUCAAAAAGAAAAGUGUGCAUAAACGAAGCAGAAAUUCCGAAAUCCAUAGAGGAACAGAUAAGCAUUUUAUUGGAAGAAAUUAAUAAGGAACAAAAGGAAAAAGAGCAAAUAAAGGAAGAUCAUAAUAACUCAAUAUAUUUAAAAAAUUAUUGUAGUCCUAAAGAUGAUGUACCUUACUAUGACUACAAUAAUUUUCAAGAAGCAAGAAAACGUAUUAUUGGCAAGCUUCAAAGACGAGAAGACUUUGAGGAACAACUGACUAAACUCGAAUUAGAAGUUAUUGAAGAUUAUAAGGAAUUUCUAAAAUCGUGUAUAGAAUAUUCAGUUUUGAAUAUGCGAGCACCUGUUCCUUGGCAUCAAUUCAAAGUUACCGCUAAUCAUUUUAUGCAAUAUAAUCUAUUUAUCGGAAAUGAGAUAUUAAAGGAUAUUCAAAAUUUAUACUUCUUUAAGUAUCAAGAUGUAAUGAUAAUCAACAUUCGAGAUAUAGGAAUACUUCCUAUUUCUGCUUUCGAAAUAGAACCGAAAAUCAAUCUUUUAUGCGAUAAGGCUAUGCACUUACUUAUUAAAGAAUGGUUGGCUGAUGUUGCGGAUAUUUUUUUGGAGAAAAAGCACGUUUGGUCUUUCUACGUCCAAAAACACUACAAAGCAUCAACCGUAUUGAUUGAAAAAUAUUUUCGAAGCGUUAAUACUCUUUUGUCCAGGCAAUUACGAAUGAUGGUAAUGAAAACGCUCAGUCAUGUCAAAGAGUAUUUUAUGGAAUACAGCGGUGGAAAUUAUUUCAAGGGUAAUUAUGAGGAUCUGAUGUUUUUAAAACCACCUUUUAUGACAAUAACUGUGGAACCAGAACUUGGUACAGCGAAUUUACAUUGCAGACCAAGUAUCUCAGAAGUUCGUGAAAUCAUUUCAAGAUGUUUCGAUAAGAUUAUCACAAUCACUACAAUGAUUCCAAAAAUUGAGACUAUUCUGUUUCCUGAAUUAGAGAAACAAGAAUUUCUCUCCUCUGCUUCACGAUACGAAGAUGUGGUAUACAAUAAAAUUAAUACUGUACUAAACGUUGUCAGUGUUCACGCUGAGGGUCCUGAAAUUUAUUUACAAUGUUACGAAGAUUUAUUGUAUAUUAUCGAUGGUCAAGCGAAAAAAAAUCUAGACAACUUCUUCAGGAUCGAACCAAUGCCAUUUCUGCGUGAAUUCGAACAAAGGAUAAGGAGUUACGAUGAUAUCAAGAAAGAAAUCUUCAUGUUUCGUAACAAGAUCCCUCUUAAUAUGAUAGAAGUUGAUUGUACCAUUGUGAAUGACACUCUGAGACAAGUUUUACACGAACUCCGAACUGAAAUCUGUGACUUCUUUGCGAAUGACUUACGAUCAAAUAAUCGCGAGUUGUGUUCAACUUUCGAUACAAUAGCUGAAAACAUUUCGAAAAUGCCAGAGAAGACACGAGACGUCGUUGAGUUGUACAAUUAUCUAUGCGAAAGUCGGGAUUCAACUAUGUUCAAUCUGAAACGAAAAUUGGCAUUUUCCGUAGAAUUAAUUUUAUUUCUAUUCGAUUAUCAACCGCCAACGGACGAGGAUAUACAAUUAAACGUCCGUACUAUAACAUGGCCGAAGGAAAUGGAGAAUGUAAUGGAACUGGCUAACACUAGAUUAAACAUGAGGAAGCAAUUCCUGGAGGAUCUGUUACGAUCAAGAAGGGACAACUUUGAACAAAAAAUAUUCAAUCUCGAGUUGGCGAUUGAUGAAUUUAAGAAGAAAGAUCCCCCUGUUUUAAACAUAUAUGAAAUGGAGGAGGCAACCGAGGAGAGUGAACAGCUUUCCAAAGGAAUGGAGGAGAUUCGAAAGGAAGCCGAAGAGAUAAACGAAGAAGAAGCUCUUUUGGACAUGGAAUUAAGUCCUUACUUAACACUCCCUGCCAUGUCUGCAAUAGUGAAUACAUUGGAUACUCUUUGGCAUACUGUUUACAAUUUCCAUGUACACUAUGAUAAAUGGUUUAACGGUCCAUUCUUGGGUCUCGACGCCGACGUGAUUCAAGAAGAAACCGACAACACUUGGCGAACAUUAUACAAACUGGCACGUUUGCUUACCGAUAUCCCUGGUGCUAGGAGAGUUACCGAAAUGGUGCGAGGAAAAGUGGAGAAAUUUAAACAAUUUGUCCCUCUUUUAUUAAUUAUAUGCACGCCUGGAUUACAACACCGACAUUGGGAGCAAAUGAGCCACCUGGUCAAUAUAGAUGUAACACCAUCGGAGACAACUAGUUUAGCUAAUAUGGUAGAAUUAGGAUUAUUAGCCCACAUAAGUAAACUAGAAGAAAUAUCAUCGGCUGCUGUCAAGGAGCACGCUCUGCUACAAAAUUUACAGAAGAUGAAGGAUGAAUGGUCUGAGAUUGAAUUUAACUUCAUGCCGUACCGCGAGACAGGUGUCUUCAUUUUAACCGCUGUAGAUGAUAUUCAAGUACUUCUCGAUGAUCAUAUUUUGAAGGCUCAAACGAUGAGAAGUUCCCCGUUUGUAAAAGCAUUCGAAAGCGAGAUGCAAACUUGGGAAAAUAAGUUGCUGAUGAUGCAAGAUAUCAUUGAUCAAUGGUUAGUAUGUCAAUCGACGUGGAUGUAUUUAGAGCCGAUAUUCAGUAGCGAAGAUAUCAUGAGGCAAAUGCCAACAGAGGCGAAGAAUUUUCGUAGGUUGGACAAGAUUUGGCGUGGCAUUAUGUCCUACGCUGUUGCUAAUAAACGAGUACUGGAUGCUACUGGUAUGAAAAAUAUGUUGCAAGAAUUAACAUUGUGUAAUGCGCUAUUGGAAGAGAUACAGAAAGGUUUGAACGAUUAUCUCGAGAAGAAACGUUUAUUCUUUCCAAGAUUUUUCUUCUUGUCGAAUGACGAGCUUCUGGAAAUCCUGUCUGAAACAAAGGAUCCUCAGAGAGUACAACCUCAUUUGAAGAAAUGUUUCGAGGGUAUUAGUAGGCUACGAUUCACCAAGGAUGAAGAAAUCAUCGGGAUAUUAUCCGCCGAAGAAGAAUAUGUUCAUUUGAGCGGCAAGAUUUAUCCAGCCGAUGCUAAAGGUUUGGUAGAGAAAUGGCUGAGUCAAGUUGAACAACUUAUGGUUACUUCUCUUCGCGAUAUUGCUGAAGAAAGUAUCAUUGCAUAUUUCACUGCUAUCAGAGAAGAAUGGAUAUUCGCUUGGCCCGGUCAAAUUGUUAUCUGUGUUAGCCAAAUACAUUGGACCAGCGAAGUCUGCGAAUCAUUUGAAAAUCAUUCUACUUCUGAUUAUUUGAAGCAAUGCAGUCUUCAGAUUGAAAGCACCGUUACUCUAGUCAGAGGAAAAUUAGAUCCAGGUGCAAGAAUAACGAUCAAUGCUUUGAUCGUGAUAGACGUGCAUGCACGAGACGUAGUGAAGCUACUUGUUGAUAAAGAGGCGUCCGAUGUUAUGGACUUUAACUGGAUAUCACAGUUAAGAUAUUAUUGGUCAGACAAUAGUAUUAUUGUGUCGAUAAUCACGACUAGUGUAGCAUAUGCUUUUGAAUAUCUUGGCAACACCCCAAGACUUGUAAUAACACCUUUAACCGAUAGAUGUUAUAGAACCUUAAUGAGUGCAUUGAAAUUAAAUCUUGGAGGUUCUCCAGAGGGUCCAGCAGGAACUGGUAAAACAGAAACAGCAAAGGAUUUGGCAAAGGCUGUUGCCAAGCAGUGUAUUGUUUUCAAUUGUUCAGACGGACUUGAUUACAAAGCAAUGGGUAAAUUUUUCAAAGGACUAGCUCAAUCUGGAGCAUGGGCUUGUUUUGAUGAAUUCAACAGAAUUGAAUUAGAAGUCCUCUCUGUAAUUGCACAGCAAAUUUUGUCCAUUCAAAUGGCUGUCAGCUCAAAAUUGGAAAGAUUCUUGUUCGAAGGUACAGAGAUCAAAUUAAAUCCUACUUGCUAUAUUAUUAUAACGAUGAAUCCUGGUUAUGCUGGGCGUCAAGAACUUCCUGACAAUUUGAAGGUCCUCUUCCGUACAGUAGCAAUGAUGGUACCAGAUUAUGGUAUGAUAGGAGAGAUUACUUUGUACUCUUUUGGUUUCAUCGAUGCGAAAAAUCUUGCGCAAAAGAUAGUUCACACUUACAAGCUAUGUUCAGAGCAAUUAAGCUCUCAAAAUCAUUAUGAUUACGGUAUGAGAGCUGUGAAAACUGUGCUCACUGCUGCAGGAAACUUGAAGCUGAAAUAUCCGACCGAGAACGAAUCGAUUUUAAUUCUUCGAGCUAUCAUUGAUGUUAAUCUACCGAAAUUCUUAGCUCAAGAUAUUCCAUUGUUCAAUGGAAUCUAUACAGAUCUAUUUCCUGGUAUCAGUCUUCCACAACCGGAUCGUGAUGAAUUAAUCAAUUUAUUGAGAGUUAUUUUAGAGAAACGUAAUCUGCAAGAUACACCUUGGUACAUAGACAAAAUAAUUCAAAUUUAUGAGAUGAUACUGGUACGCCACGGUUUGAUGGUCGUUGGACAAACGUUAAGUGGAAAGACAAAAGCAUAUCAAAGUCUGGCAGAAGCUUUGGGUGAUUUAGCUGGUGUACGACGUGCCGCUAUGAGAGAAUAUCAAACUAUUUACAAAAUAAUUAAUCCAAAAGCAAUUACUUUGGACCAACUGUAUGGUAGUUUUGAUCCGUUGUCCCACGAAUGGAGCGACGGUGUUUUGGCUAAUAUUUUCAGGGAAUUUGCACAAUCUAUGUCUAUUGAACGUAAAUGGAUCAUAUUUGAUGGUCCUGUCGAUGCGGUGUGGAUCGAAAGCAUGAACACCGUGCUCGAUGAUAAUAAGAAACUGUGUUUAAUGUCGGGAGAAAUCAUCCAGAUGUCGUCCAAAAUGAAUAUGAUGUUUGAGCCAGCUGAUUUGGAGCAUGCUUCUCCGGCUACUGUCAGUAGAUGUGGAAUGAUUUAUAUGGAACCAUCUCAGCUUGGUUGGAAGCCAUUAUUUGAAUCAUACAAAAAGUAUCUCAAGAACAAACUACUUUUUGAACAAUAUGAACUCAUUGUAGAGUUGGUCGAAUGGUUAACAGUGCCUAUUUUGUUUUUUAUAAAUCAUUAUUGUAAAACAUUUAUUGAAAUGCCAGAGCUACACAUGUUUCUUUCUUUUACCAGACUCCUCACCACAAUGUUGGAUGAAGAGACACAAGUCAGCACAGUAUGGCUUCAGUGUAUUUUAUUGUUUACUAUGGUUUGGGGAAUGUGUUCAACAUUAAUCAGCGAUAGCAGGAAGGCUUUUGAUGUUUAUUUAAGAAAAUUAAUACUCGGGAAUGAUGACGAAUAUCCUAAACCAAAAGCUUUUAAAUUAACAAAGCAACAAUUAUUCCCUGAUAAAGGUACCGUUUAUGAUUGGAUAUACGAUAAAAGAAAUAAUGGAUGUUGGAUAGCUUGGAUGGAUACAACGCUACAGAUGUCAUUAUUACCGGAAUUAAACUCUAAUAAAUUAAUUGUACCAACGACCGAGGUAAUAAUACAGUAUUUUUUCCUGAAAAACCUUCUUCCAAGAUCGAUACCUAUUAUGUUCGUCGGACCAACUGGUACCGGAAAGUCUGUAAUUAUUUUGGAUUAUUUAGAAUCUUUACCCAGGGAAGAAUACAUAGAAAACGUGAUAAACUUUAGUGCACGUACAAGUGCCUCGCAGACUCAAGAAAUAGUAAUGUCAAAAUUGGAUCGUCGAAGGAAAGGCGUUUAUGGUCCACCGAUGGGGAAAAAGUGUAUAUUGUUCGUUGAUGAUUUAAGCAUGCCACAGAAAGAAAUGUACGGUGCACAACCACCUAUAGAACUCAUUCGACAAUGGUUAGAUCAUGGUCAUUGGUUUGAUUUAAAAGAUACAACAAUGUUAUAUCUAGUAGAUAUAUUCCUAAUUUGUGCUAUGCAACCACCUGGAGGUGGUUCCAAUGUAGUCACAUCUAGAUUAACCAGACACAUGCACAUAAUUGGUAUUGAUUUUUUUGAAGAAGCUACGAUGACCAAAAUUUUCUCCUCGAUUCUCGACACCCACUUCGCAAAAGGAUUUGUUUCAGAGGUUUCAAGAUUAGGAAAAAUGGUAGUUAAUGCUACCAUGGACAUAUUCCUCGGCGCUAUAGAAACCUUUUUACCUACUCCAGCCAAAAGUCAUUACGUAUUUAAUUUACGCGAUUUUAAUCGGGUCAUCAAAGGUAUACUUUUGGUACCGUCUUCUAGAAUGAACGAUCCUGAUAAAUUGAUCAGACUCUGGAUCCACGAGGUGUACAGAGUGUUUCAUGAUAGACUGAUCGAUAGCGAUGAUCAGGAAAAAUUAUUUAAAAUGGUUCAAUUUACUUGUUACGAUCAAUUACGGCAACCGCUGAAUAAAGUACUUGUUAGAUUACUGAAGGAAGAUGAAAAAGAUAUCCAAAGUUCUCAUAUACGUGAUCUAUUUUUCGGUAAUUAUAUAGAGCCUGAUGCUGAGCCUAAGAUAUACGACGAGGUGACCGAUUUAGAUGAUCUACAAACGAAAAUGGAUUACUAUUUAAUGGAAUAUAAUAUGCUGUCCAAGACACCGAUGUCUCUAGUUUUGUUUCGUUACGCUAUUGAACAUGUCUCACGUACAUCAAGAAUACUUUUACAAGAAAAUGGUCAUGCCCUUCUUAUAGGAAUGGGAGGUUCCGGUAGAAGUUCUUGCGCCAGAUUAGCCAGCAGCAUGUGCGAAUACAUGAUGCAACAAAUUGAAAUCUCCGUGUCUUACGGAAUUACCGAAUGGCGAGAAGAUAUGAAGAAUUUAUUGCUACGCGUAGGAUGCGAUGGAAAGUCUACGGUAUUUCUUUUCGGAGAUCAUCAGAUAAAAAACGAAUCUUUCAUAGAAGAUAUAAACAUGAUAUUAAACACAGCUGAUAUACCGAAUUUAUACAACACCGAAGAAAAGGCUGAAAUUUUGGAUAAAAUGAUGAACGUGAUGCACGAGACAGAAGGAAAAAGAGCAGAGACUACACCGACUGUUCUUUACAAUGUAUUCCUGGAAAGAAUAAAGAAAAAUCUUCACUUGAUUCUAACAAUGUCUCCAAUAGGAGACAAAUUUAGAAAUCGUUUAAGGAUGUUCCCUUCCCUGAUCAACUGUUGUACCAUAGACUGGUAUACUGUCUGGCCGGAGGAUGCUUUAGAAAAAGUAGCUAGAAUGUUCUUACAAAAUGUCAAUAUUAAUAACAAUUUAAGAGAGAACUGCGUUCAUUUGUCCAAACAGUUUCAUACAAGCAUAAUUACAGCUAGCGAAGAUUAUUACAGAACUCAAGGUAGGAGAUAUUAUGUGACUCCUACAAGUUUUCUACAACUGAUUAAAUCAUUCUGCAAGUUGUAUGAUCGCAAAAUAGAAGAGAUUACUUUGCAACAACUUCGUUAUGAAACAGGAUUAGAAAAAUUAGACUUUGCAGCAGGUCAGAUAGCUGUAAUGAAGGAAGAACUGCAAGCUCUACAACCGAAACUGUUAGCACAGUCUGAGCUAAGCAACAAACUUAUGAUUCGAAUAGAGCAAGACACCAUCAAUAUAGAAGCAAGGAAGGAAAUCGUAGGCGCUGAAGAAGCGUUAGCCAACGAAGCAGCUGCAGCUGCACAAGCUAUAAAAGACGACUGCGAAAGCGACUUGGCAGAGGCUACCCCAGCAUUGGAGGCUGCUUUGAUGGCACUGGACACACUGAAACCUGCUGACAUAAGUAUUGUACGAUCCAUGAAGAGUCCUCCAGCAGGUGUACGACUGGUGAUGGAGGCUGUAUGUGUAUUGAAGGGUGUGAAACCUGAGAAAGUUCAAGAUCCAGCAACUGGUCAGAUGACGGAAGACUACUGGCCAGCCUCUAUAAAGAUGCUUGGCGAUAUGAGAUUCUUGGAGAGUUUGAAAAAUUUCGACAAGGAUAAUGUACCACCGGCAUACAUGAAGAGGAUCCGCGAGAAAUUUAUAAAUGAUAGAAGCUUUCAGCCCGAAGCUAUCAAGAAGGUAUCCACUGCCUGUGAAGGUUUAUGCAAAUGGGUAAGAGCCAUGGAAGUUUAUGAUAGAGUAAUCAAGGUGGUCGCACCGAAACAAGCUAUGCUGGCAGAAGCGGAAGCUGCUCUGGCGGGUCAAAUGGAGGCGUUGAAUGCUAAGAGAGCUCUUUUACAAGAAGUCAGUCAAAAGUUACAAACUUUGAACGAUGAGUUUGCCGAGUGCAUGAGGGAGAAGAAGAAGCUAGAGGAUCAGAUUGAUUAUUGUAAAAAGAAAUUAGAUAGAGCUGAAAAGUUGCUCGGUGGUUUAAGCGGUGAAAAAGAUCGAUGGAGUGAAACAGCUUUUCUAUUAGGUGCUAGUCUCCAUAAUGUUAUCGGAGACGUUUUAUUGUCUUCAGCUGUGGUUGCUUAUUUGGGGGCAUUUACCGUUGAAUACAGGAAUAAAUUAAUCGCAGAGUGGUAUCUAUCUUGUUCAAAAUUCGCUAUUCCAUGCGGAAAGAAGUUUAGUUUGAUUGAUAUUUUAGGUGAACAGGUAGAAAUUAGAGCUUGGAUAAUCUAUGGUUUACCAGCGGACAGUUUUUCUGUGGAAAAUGGUAUAAUUGUAAAAAAUGCUGAUCGAUGGCCACUCAUGAUCGACCCUCAAAACCAGGCUAAUAAAUGGAUAAAGAAUAUGGAGAAACAGAACAAGCUAAUUGUUAUUAAACUUUCUGAUCCAAAUUACGUUCAAGUAGUGGACACUUGUAUACAGCUUGGAACACCAGUUUUGCUGGAGAAUAUCUUAGAGGAAAUAGAUGCGAUAUUAGAGCCUGUACUUCUUAAAAAUAUUUACAAAGAACGAGGUGUUUUGUACAUAAGAUUUGGAGAAAACGUUAUCGAGUAUAAUACUAAUUUUCGAUUUUAUCUUACAACACGUUUAAGAAAUCCACAUUAUUUGCCAGAGGUGGUUGUUAAAGUGACUUUAUUAAACUUCAUGAUCACUCCUCAAGGACUUCAAGAUCAAUUGUUAGGUAUAGUUGUUGCCAAAGAAUUGCCUGUUCUGGAGGAGAGAAAAAAUCAAUUGAUAGUCGAAGGUGCAAAUAAUCAAAAAAUGUUGAAAGAGAUAGAGGAUAAGAUAUUGCAUGUUUUAUCCGCGUCAGAAGGUAACAUUCUUGAAGACGAAACGGCUAUUACAAUAUUAUCGACCUCGAAGAGUUUGUCUGAAGAUAUACAAGCGAAACAGGCUGUAGCUGUUAAAACAUCCAUACAAAUUGACAAUGCUCGUAACGAAUACAAGCCUGCCUCAGAGCACGGCUCUGUUUUAUUCUUUUGCAUUUCUGAAUUGACAAACAUUGAUCCUAUGUAUCAAUACUCUCUACCAUGGUUUAUACAUCUUUACGAAAUGUCCAUAAUUAACAGUGAACAAACCAAAGUCCUGACUGAUCGGAUUCAUAGUUUAAAUACUUAUUUCACUGCUAGUAUUUACAGAAACGUGUGUCGUUCUCUGUUCGAAAAGGAUAAAAUAAUAUUCUCGCUUGUCCUCUGCGUUGGUUUGUUACGUGCUGCUGGACAUUUAAACGAAGAAUAUUGGACAUUCUUGUUGACAGGUGGUGUAGCAUUGGAUAAUCCUUAUCCAAAUCCUGCUCCAUCUUGGUUGUCUGAUAGAUCUUGGACUGGAAUUGUUGGAGCUACAAAUUUGCUUGGACUUGAGAAACUGAAACAUUCAUUUGAAACGCAAACUUUGCAAUGGAAGGCUUAUUAUGAUUUAUCCAAUCCUCAGGAACAGCCAUUUCCACGUCCAUUCCAAGCAGAGGGUGAAGGUUUGAAGAAACUAUUAAUACUUAAAUGUGUAAGACCAGACAAAAUCGUGGCUGCUGUGAGAAUGUUUAUCAUACACCACAUGGGACAAUCUUUUGUAGAACCUCCGCCGUUUGAUCUGCAAGCAUGUUACAAUGAUUCUAGUAAUGUAACUCCUUUGAUUUUUAUUCUUUCACCUGGAUCUGAUCCAAUGGCUGCUUUGAUAAGAUUUUCAGAAGAUUAUGGAAUGUCGAAAGGAGAUCUUAUGACUAUAUCACUGGGACAAGGUCAAGGACCCAUAGCAGCAGGCAUGAUUGAUAAAGGAAUAAAGAGCGGAGAAUGGGUGGUACUUCAAAAUUGUCAUCUAGCAGUAUCCUGGAUGAAAGAAUUAGACAGAAUCUGCGAUGAAGUAAUUGUACCUGAAAACACUCAUCUGAAAUUUCGAGUAUGGUUAACUAGUUACCCAUCAAAGGAUUUUCCAAUCUCUAUUUUACAAAAUGGAGUUAAGAUGACUAACGAACCACCAAAGGGUUUGAAAAAUAAUUUACUCAGAAGCUAUCUGAACGAUCCGAUCUCGGAUAUAAAAUUCUAUGAAAAUUGCAAAAAAAUACUUGAAUGGAGACACCUCCUUUUUGCUUUAUGCUUCUUUCAUGCAGUUAUUCAAGAAAGACGUAAUUUUGGACCAUUGGGCUGGAAUAUUCCUUAUGAAUUCAAUGAAUCAGACUUACGUAUCAGUACUUUACAAUUACAGCUUUUCUUAAAUGAUUAUGAAGAAGUACCAUUUGAUGCCCUUCUUUAUUUAACGGGCGAAUGCAAUUACGGUGGUCGAGUAACUGAUGACAAGGAUAGACGUCUGUUAAAUUCGUUGCUUCAGCAAUUUUAUAAUCCUCAAGUUAUCGAUAACAAACAGUACUGUUUCUCGCCGAGUUGUAUAUAUCAAUUACCAGAAGAUACUGAUUAUGAGGGAUGUUUAAAGUACAUUCGUAAUUUGCCAAUGGAUCAACAACCAGAAGUUUAUGGUUUGCAUGAAAAUGCAGAUAUUACAAAAGAUAAUCAAGAAUCAACGCAAUUACUUGAAGGUGCUUUAUUAACACAACCACAGAUCACAGGUGUAGGAGUUGAGAGAAACAUGGAUGAAAUUGUUUUUAAUUUGUGCGCUGAUGUUUUAUUAAAAAUGCGAUCGGAAUUUGAUAUUUUGGAAGUUUCUAACAAAUAUCCAGUGUUGUAUAUGAACAGUAUGAACACAGUUCUCCGUCAAGAACUUAUUAGAUUUAAUGAUCUGAUUAGUGUGAUUAAAAGAACAUUAGCGAAUGUACAGAAAGCUAUCAAAGGAUUGGUACUAAUGUCUCCGGAAUUGGAAGAAGUUUUCACUAGUAUGAGUAUCGGCAAAAUACCCGCAUCUUGGAGUAAAAAGUCAUAUCCAUCUUUAAAACCCCUGGGAAGUUAUAUUAAUGAUUUAUUACUUAGAUUAGAAUUUUUUCAAAAUUGGAUAGAUAAAGAUGCGCCGAUUGUUUUUUGGGUAUCGGGAUUCUUUUUCACCCAAUCUUUUCUUACCGGUGUUUUACAAAAUUAUGCGCGUAAACAUAAAAUACCAAUUGACAGAUUAGAUUUUGAAUUUGAAGUAACUUCAUUUGAAUCUAGCGCAAGAGGUGCGCCUUCUUAUGGAGUUUACAUAAAAGGUCUCUUUUUGGAAGGUGCAAGAUGGAACAGAGAGAUAAAAGAAAUUGAUGAAUCAAGGCCAAAGAUAAUGUUUGAUAUUCUUCCUAUAAUAUGGUUAAAGCCAGGUAUAAAAACUGAAUUUGUAACAGAUUUCCUAUAUAAUUGCCCAGUAUACAAAACAAGUGAAAGACGUGGCGUUUUGGCUACGACCGGUCAUUCCUCCAACUUUGUACUAUAUAUUUUACUUCCAUCACAAAAGGAAGAAGCUCAUUGGAUUAAGAGAGGUGUAGCUUCUUUGUGUCAACUGGAUGACUAAACUAACAUAGUACUUUCGUGUAAGAAAUACAACUGUAAAUGUUGUGUAGUUUUAAUCAAAGAUUUUGAAACACUGUAGUCUUUUAAUGGUAGAUUAUCCAAAAUAACAGAAUUGAA